AUGAGGGUAGAGAGGGAGAUCACCUCGGAUUCCCGCAACGCCUUCCCCAGGGAAACUUGGGGCGUGGUACAGGAAAAUAAAGAAGUCAGUCGAACUCCCCCUCUUACGAGGGUAGAGAGGGAGGUCACCUCGGAUUCCCCAACGCCUUCUCCCAAGUCAAGCGUGGGGCUGCUGAUUGAGGCGAAAAAACUCGAAGAAUCCAUUGCCCCUAAGGCCCCGAGGCGUGCCAUUCCUCGGUUCUCCGAAUUUGGUGCCUCGGCACUAAAGGGCAGUAACAUAUUCCUAAACGAGGGUUAUAUCCACAGGGACCCCAUGAUUUGGGACAAACCGACGGAGUUUAGGCCCAAGAGGUUCUUGGAAGAUCCCAGUAAGUAUGACCUCUUGGGCAACGACUUCACGCACUUGCCUUUCGGUUCCGGUCGAAGGAUAUGCGCAUGGCUCGCACUGACAGAGAGGAUGCUGACGUUUUCUUUGGCCUCUCUUUUGCAUUCAUUCGAGUGGGAAUUACCGCAAGAGGUGGAGCUGGAACUAUCGGACAAGUUCGGGAUUGUGGUCAAGAAAUUGAAUCCCCCGGUGGCCAUUCCCAGGCCGAGAUUAUCCAUUCCAAAGCUCUACAUGUCAAGAUAG